AUGGACCCCGAAACGGACCAGCUUAUCAUCCACUUUAAACACAUGGCAAGGAUGAGUACCAUUCGAAGCGACAUGGAAAGUAUCUCCGCAGGUGCGAAGCUUGCAUCCUCAAAGGCGCCUGACAUACACCGCCAACUCUUACAGCUCCGUGACGAGUUCAAGAGACACCUCCUCGUCGCCUUCAACCCUGAGACAGGGAACAGAGAACUGCGAGAAGGACCCGACCCCGAGGACAACAUGUUAAUUGUCUUCUGUAAAGACGCAUUGGGACUCAUCUUGGUGAAUCUGGCUUUGCUCGACUUGUACAGUCUUGCCCUUCAAGAUUCUUACCAUGUGCGGCUAUCUGAAGACUAUCUGAACUUGGAGAUCCAAGGACUGAUGGAACUGGCAAAUAGCAGACUCCGAAGGGCCAUCAGGGCGUCGCCCUUUUCCUGUCGGCGCUUGAUCUCGACAUACCGUGCGAUUUACCUGGAUGUACGACAGGGAGGAGACCAUCAUGGAGUCUGGGACCAGAUUUACGCGAUGCUUUCCUCUUACUAA